UUGGAAUUGAGAAGAGAAUACAGGUAAGAAAACCCUGAUCUUCAGGGUCCUGGAAAUUUCAGAAGUACAAAAAUUCAAUAAUUUUCAGUUAUUAUUUAAUUCAACUUUAUAUUCCAUGUAUGAUGCUUGUUGUUGUUUCCUGGGUCUCAUUUUGGUUAGACAAGGUAUUUAAUUCUUAAAAAUUUUAUUAAUUACCCUAAUUACCCUAAUUUAGGACGCUGUGCCGGCUCGUGUUUCUCUUGGCGUCACAACUCUUCUAACAAUGACAACUCAGGCGAGUGGAAUCAAUUCCAAACUUCCACCGGUUUCGUAUAUCAAAGUGAGUUAGCCUAACUAUAUUUUACUAAGGCAUUUCAAGAAUCGAAUUAUUUUCAGGCAGUUGAUGUUUGGAUUGGUGUUUGUCUCGCGUUCAUUUUUGGAGCACUGCUGGAAUAUGCGGUUGUGAAUUAUUAUGGGAGAAAAGAGUUUUUGAGAAAGGUGGGUCUUCUGAGAAAAAAAAAUUUGUGAAAAUUGAAUUUUUUUUUGAAAUUACAGUAUCAAAUUGGUAAAUAUUUUAAUUUUUAAUUUAAAUUCAAAAGUUUUUGUUCCAAAAAUCAAUUUUUCCGAAUAUCUCAAACAUUUUCCGAUACAAAAAAAUUUCGCUGUGAAAUUCCAGGAAUUUUUUGAGAUCAAACCAUUUUUUGUAGAGCUUGUGGAGCUUUAGGUUUUGGCUCACUGGAGGAUUUUGGUUCAAAAAAUGAGCACCUAAACAUUUGGGUUCAUAAUUAAUAACCUAAAUUUGCUUGUCUAGGCUCGGAUACUUGGAAGUAAGGUUCUCAAGGCUCAGCUACUUGACUUAGAAGUUCUAAAGUUACCGUGCCUUGUUACAGUGGUCAUCUAGGAGUGGGUCCUAGACAACCAAGAUCUCUAGGCGCAGCUACUUCGCAUAGAGACUCUCAAGGCGCGUUACGUUGUUCCAGUGGUUCUCUAGGCGCAGCUGCUUGACAGCUUGGUUUUCUAGGCUCAGUUACUUGGCAUAUAAGCUCUCAAGGCUCAGCUACUUGACAACUGGGCUCUCUAGGCUCGGCUCCUUGACAACUUGGUUUUAUAGGCUCGGCUGCUUGAAAGCUAGGUUCUCUAGGCGCAGCUUCUUGAAAGCCGAAUUUUCUAGGCGCAGCUGCUUGACAACUAGGUUCUCUAGGCGCACCUACUUGCCGUAAGUCAAAAUUUCUCUGAUGAACUUGAGAUCAGCGAAAUUUUAGGUAUCCGAAAAAAUUCCAAAAUUAUUCCACCUUCAAAAAAACGACCUCUGAACUUGUUUCGUUGGUAACCACAGACACAAAUCUUGUGAUGUUCGAAAAAAAUUUGUCUUUGAACCAAAAAAACCUCUCAAAUUUCCCAGGAAAAAAAGAAGAAGACUCGAAUCGAUGAUUGUGUUUGUCCCUCUGAUCGUCCGCCACUUCGUCUCGAUUUAUCAGCUUAUCGAAGUGUGAAAAGGCUUCCAAUUAUAUCAAGGUUUGUUUUCGUUUCAUUUCUUUUGUUUCCCUCGCGCACCACAUCUUUUCUUCUUCUUUUUUUAUUUCAUUUUAUUACACACACAACAAUUUCGGUCGGACAUAUGAUACGAGUAUCUUUUUGCCUGGUGACCGAUCAAAUUUGGUUACUGUAGAAAAAUAGGAUGAUCAUUUGUUGUUAUUGGAUAGGCUUGAGUGAAUUUUUUUUGUGAUUGGACUCUUCGAAAAUCAAUGACGUAUAGAGAAAAUAUCUAGAACCGGAUUAAAACCGUGCCGGGGGUACUGUAGGAAUCAAAAGAUUCACGGCAUUUUACAGGGUAAAUCGAGAGAGAGAGACGCUGAGAAAACGAGACAAAACCCUUUGGCGGGAAAAGUUCGGAAUUCGAAAAUUUUUGAAAAACAUUGGCUUCCCGCCAAAAUUAUUAGAAAAUGAAUAGCAUUGCUCAUGUUAUACUCAAAAACUUGAAAAAAGAGGGCAUUGCUCAGAUUAGCUUCAAAAUUCACAUGAUUGCUCAUAUUAUAGUCAAAGUUUUUUAUAAAAACAUUUAAAUUGCUCAUAUUAUGAUCAAUUCUUGAAGAAAGAUGGCAUUGCUCAUGUUAGAAUUGCUCAGGAAAAAAUAACUUGAAGAAAUAUUGCUCAGAUAAGCUUAAAAUUCAUAGCAUUGCUCAGAUUAGCUUCAAAAGUGCUCAGAUUAGCUGGAAAAUUCAUAGCAUUGCUCAUAUUAUAUGCAAUAUUUUGAAGAAAAUUCGAAAUCGCUCAGAUUAACUUCAAAUCCAUGGCAUUGCUCAGAUUAGCUUCAAAAUUCCUCAGAUUAGCUACAAAUUCCACUUGAUUGCUCAGAUUAACUUCAAAAUUCAUAGCAUUGCUCAGAUUAGCUUCAAAAUUCAUGGGAUAGCGCAGAUUAGCUUCAAAAUUGCUCAGUUUAGCUAGAGAAUUCAUAGCAUUGCUCAUAUUAGCUUCAAAAUUCACAUGAUUGCUCAUAUUAUAGUCAGAAAUUUCAAGAAAAAUUGGCAUUGCUCAGAUUAGCUGAAAAAUUGCUCAGAUUAGCUUCAAAAUUCACAGGAUGAGAGUUUUCUCUGCGUCUCUCUCUCUCUCGAAUUCCAAUUUUCAAAAUGUCGUGUAGUAAAAAAAAUAGAACUGGAAUAAUAAAAAUGAAACACUAGACAAAGUUGAGAUCAAAAAAUUAUAGUUCACAUGACCGUGGAAGAGAAAACCAAAUCCGGGUUUCUAGGCCAUUUCGGUUCUCCAAAAUUCUUGAAAUGUUUUCAGAAUAAGCGAGAUUCUGGCAGCGAAUACGGACAUUUCGAGAAGAGUCGAUUUGAUGUCAAGACUAGGAUUCCCAACAUUGUUCAUCUCCUUUUUAAGUGAGUUUUUUUUUUCAUAGUGUCCCUUUAAAUAUCUCAAUUUUUACAGUAUUCUACUAUCAAACCUAUGUGAAACAGAGUCGAGAUUAA